AUGACGUUGCCUAACCCUUUCUGCCAAAGAGGAAGUACCAAUCAAAUCUCGACGUGCUCAUCGAGUGUUGGUUGCAGUGGUAUCAAGACGCGACGUCCUCUGUCACUUCAUGACUUGCUAUCUACCGAGGCGACGUCAUCAUCAUCGUCGUCAUCCAUUGGAUUGACCCAGCGGAAUAAGAAUGUCCAUCACCGCCGCCAAUGCGGAAUCGCGGACUGUCUUAAGUACGCUUUGACUGGCGGCUUUUGUAUCCGCCAUGGCGGUGGCAAACGGUGCAACUUUGUCGGUUGUACGACGGUCGCCCAGAGCGGCGGUCGAUGCAAAGCUCACGGUGGGGGCAGUAAAUGUAAAGUCUUUGGGUGUGGCAGUGUCGCAAGACGAAAGGGCUUUUGUAUGGCGCACGGCGGCCGCCAGCAGUGCAAAGUCGACACGUGCGGGAAGUGCGCGCACGGCGGCGGGUUUUGCAUUGCACACGGAGGCGGCAAACGCUGCGCAUCAACAACAAAGUGCCACAAGAGUGCGCAAGCAGGCGGGUUCUGCUACAGUCACGGCGGCGGCAAGCGCUGUGCGGCGCCAGAGUGCUUCCAGGCGGCGCGCAAAGGCGGACUCUGCAUUCGCCACCGCAAGCUGGCGGCACUGCAAUGA